AUGGAGAACAUCACUGGCUUCAAUCAGCCUGGCUGUAGAGCCUCGGAACGCAGCCAUGAAUGGGCUAAUGAGUUAAACCAAUUCUUUGACAAUUGCCUUCCUGUUCACACCCAUCCAGAUGCCGAGUUUGCCUACCAGGGGCACAUUGGAAUUGAUGAUGCUGCCAUCUACCAGCUGAACAGAGCCUGCUCCCAUCUUGCGUCGGAUGAGAUCUUUGGCCGUAGGAACCCCAACUUCGACCUCCUGCUUAGGGAAGAGUGGCGGAGAAUACCCAACAGCCGCUCCCUCACUCCGCCACCAUCGCAGAGUGGCAGCAGCAAGCAGCGCCUGUCAAAGGCACGACCUCCAUCAGCUAAAGACGGGGAACGCCACCACUGCACAUUGGCCUGCGAGUCACUCGUCAUCCCGACUUGGAAAUCUACCACACUUCCAUCACUGCUUCCUGGAAAUCCCUCCCUACAAGCAGAGCGGGUACUGUCCAAAAUUGGGUGCCCGGAGAAAUACCUCAAGAUCCUGCAGUUCUUACACUGCGAUUUGAGUGCAACAGUCAUCAGCAACAACAGCUCUGAAACAGCAAUUUUCAGGGCAGAGAUCUGGGUCAGACAGGAGUGCAUCAUUGCCCCAAAGUCCAGUACACCGAACACAGAGACCAGCACAUCGACUGCAGAGACCAGCACGUCAAUCGCAGAGUCCAGCACAUUGACCAGCACACCAGAAAAAGGGUCCAGUACACCAACCAGCACACCAACCAGCACACCGGCCACAGGGACGAGCACAACAACCUCACAGUCCAGCAGAACGACUGCAGAGUCCAGCACAACUAUCACAGUGUCCAGCACACCAACCAGCACACAGUCGACAGGGUCUAGAACACCAAAAGCCACACCAACCACAGAGACCAGCACAAUGACAACAGAGUCCAAGUCCAGCACAUCAACCCCAGAGUCCAGCACAACCACCUCAGAGUCUAGCACAACCACUGCAGAGUCAAGCACAUCAACCUCAGAGUCCAGCACAACCACCCCAGAGUCCAGCACAACUACCCCAGAGUCCAGCACAACCACCCCAGAGUCAAGCACAACCACACAAGAGUCCAGCACAUCAACCCCAGAGUCCAGCACAACCACCUCAGAGUCUAGCACAACCACUGCAGAGUCAAGCACAUCAACCUCAGAGUCCAGCACAACCACCACAGAGUCCAGCACAACCACCCCAGAAUCCAGCACAACCACCCCAGAGUCCAGCACAACCACCACAGAGUCCAGCACAACCACCCCAGAGUCCAGCACAACCACCUCAGAGUCCAGCACAACCUCCUCAGAGUCCAGCACGUCAACCCCAGAGUCCAGCACAACCACUUCAGAGUCCAGUACAACCACUCCAGAGUCCAGCACAACCACCCCAGCGUCCAGCACAACCACCUCAGAGUCCAGCACGUCAACCCCAGAGUCCAGCACAACCACUUCAGAGUCCAGUACAAUCACUCCAGAGUCCAGCACAACCACCCCAGCGUCCAGCACAACCACCUCAGAGUCCAGCACAUCAACCCCAGAGUCCAGCACAACCACACCAGAGUCCAGCACAACCACCCCAGAGUCCAGCACAUCGACCCCAGAUUCCAGGACAACCACCCCAGAGUCCAGCACAACUACCCCAGAGUCCAGCACAACCACCUCAGCGUCCAGCACAACCACCGCAGAGUCCAGCACAACCACAGCAGAGUCCAGCACAUCAACCCCAGAGUCCAGCACAACCACACCAGAGUCCAGCACAACCACCCCAGAGUCCAGCACAACUACCCCAGAGUCCAGCACAACCACCUCAGAGUCCAGCACAACCACAGCAGAGUCCAGCACAUCAACCCCAGAGUCCAGCACAACCACACCAGAGUCCAGCACAACCACCCCAGAGUCAAGCACAACCACACCAGAGUCCAGCACAUCAACCCCAGAGUCCAGCACAACCACACCAGAGUCCAGCACAACCACCCCAGAGUCAAGCACAACCACACCAGAGUCCAGCACAUCAACCCCAGAGUCCAGCACAACCACCUCAGAGUCUAGCACAACCACUGCAGAGUCAAGCACAUCAACCUCAGAGUCCAGCACAACCACCCCAGAGUCCAGCACAACUACCCCAGAGUCCAGCACAACCACCUCAGCGUCCAGCACAACCACCGCAGAGUCCAGCACAACCACAGCAGAGUCCAGCACAUCAACCCCAGAGUCCAGCACAACCACACCAGAGUCCAGCACAACCACCCCAGAGUCCAGCACAACUACCCCAGAGUCCAGCACAACCACCUCAGAGUCCAGUACAACCACAGCAGAGUCCAGCACAUCAACCCCAGAGUCCAGCACAACCACACCAGAGUCCAGCACAACCACCCCAGAGUCAAGCACAACCACACCAGAGUCCAGCACAUCAACCCCAGAGUCCAGCACAACCACACCAGAGUCCAGCACAACCACCCCAGAGUCAAGCACAACCACACCAGAGUCCAGCACAUCAACCCCAGAGUCCAGCACAACCACCUCAGAGUCUAGCACAACCACUGCAGAGUCAAGCACAUCAACCUCAGAGUCCAGCACAACCACCCCAGAGUCCAGCACAACUACCCCAGAGUCCAGCACAACCACCUCAUCGUCCAGCACAACCACCGCAGAGUCCAGCACAACCACAGCAGAGUCCAGCACAUCAACCCCAGAGUCCAGCACAACCACACCAGAGUCCAGCACAACCACCCCAGAGUCCAGCACAACUACCCCAGAGUCCAGCACAACCACCUCAGAAUCUAGCACAACCACUGCAGAGUCAAGCACAUCAACCUCAGAGUCCAGCACAAGCACCCCAGAGUCCAGCACAACCACCGCAGAGUCCAGCACAACCACCUCAGAGUCCAGCACAUCAACCCCAGAGUCCAGCACAACCACCCCAGAGUCCAGCACAACCACCCCAGAGUCCAGCACAACCACCUCAGAGUCCAGCACAACCACCCCAGUGUCCAGCACAACCACCCCAGAGACCAGCACAACCACCUCAGAGUCCAGCACAACCACUGCAGAGACCAGCACAACCUCCUCAGAGUCCAGCACAACCACUGCAGAGACCAGCACAACCACCUCAGAGUCUAGCACAACCAAUGCAGAGACCAGCACAACCACCCCAGAGUCCAGCACAACCACCCCAGAGUCCAGCACAACCACCCCAGAAUCCAGCACAACUACCCCAGAGUCCAGCACAACCUCCCCAGAGUCCAGCACAACCACCCCAGAGUCCAGUAUGUCGAUCGGAGGGUCUAGCACAACCACCCCCGAGUCCAGCACAAAGUCCAGCACAACAUCCCCAGAGUCCAGCACCACCACCCCAGAGUCCAGCACAACCAUCCCGGAGUCCAGCACAACCACCCCAGAGUCCAGCACAACCAUCCCGGAGUCCAGCACAACCUCCCCAGAGUCCAGCACAACCACCUCAGAGUCCAGCACAACCACCCCAGAGUCCAGCACAACCACCCCGGAGUCCAGCACAACCACCCCAGAGUCCAGCACAACCACUCCAGAGUCCAGCACAACCACUGCAUCCAGCACAUCUACCUCAGAGUCCAGCACAACCACUCCCGAGACCAGCUCAACCACCUCAGAGUCCAGCACAACCACCCCAGUGUCCAGCACAUCUACCACAGAGUCCAGCACAACGACUGCAGAGUCCAGCACAUCGACCCCAGAUUCCAGCACAUCGAUCCCAGAUUCCAGCACAACCACCACAGAGUCCAGCACAACCACCACAGAGUCCAGCACGUCGACCGUAGAGUCCAGCAGAACCACCCCAGAGUCCAGCACAACCACCCCAGAGUCCAGCACAACCACCCCAGAGUCCAGCAUGUCGACCGGAGGGUCCAGCACAACCACCCCAGAGUCCAGCACAACCACUCCCGAGUCCAGCACAACCACCCCAGAGUCCAGCACAACCUCCUCAGAGUCCAGCACGUCAACCACAGAGUCCAGCACAACCACUUCAGAGUCCAGUACAACCACUCCAGAGUCCAAGUCCAGCACAUCAACCCCAGAGUCCAGCACAACCACCUCAGAGUCUAGCACAACCACUGCAGAGUCAAGCACAUCAACCUCAGAGUCCAGCACAAGCACCCCAGAGUCCAGCACAACCUCCAGCACAACCACCCCAGAGUCCAGCACAACCACCCCAGAGUCCAGCACAACCACCUCAGAGUCCAGCACAACCACCCCAGUGUCCAGCACAACCACCCCAGAGACCAGCACAACCACCUCAGAGUCCAGCACAACCACUGCAGAGACCAGCACAACCUCCUCAGAGUCCAGCACAACCACUGCAGAGACCAGCACAACCACCUCAGAGUCUAGCACAACCAAUGCAGAGACCAGCACAACCAAUGCAGAGACCAGCACAACCACCCCAGAGUCCAGCACAACCACCCCAGAGUCCAGCACAACCACCCCAGAGUCCAGCACAACCACCCCAGAAUCCAGCACAACUACCCCAGAGUCCAGCACAACCUCCCCAGAGUCCAGCACAACCACCCCAGAGUCCAGUAUGUCGAUCGGAGGGUCUAGCACAACCACCCCCGAGUCCAGCACAAGCCCCCCAGAGUCCAGCACAACCACCUCAGAGUCCAGCACAACAUCCCCAGAGUCCAGCACCACCACCCCAGAGUCCAGCACAACCAUCCCGGAGUCCAGCACAACCUCCCCAGAGUCCAGCACAACCACCUCAGAGUCCAGCACAACCACCCCAGAGUCCAGCACAACCACCCCGGAGUCCAGCACAACCACCCCAGAGUCCAGCACAACCACUCCAGAGUCCAGCACAACCACUGCAUCCAGCACAUCUACCUCAGAGUCCAGCUCAACCACUCCAGAGACCAGCUCAACCACCUCAGAGUCCAGCACAACCACCCCAGUGUCCAGCACAUCUACCACAGAGUCCAGCACAACGACUGCAGAGUCCAGCACAUCGACCCCAGAUUCCAGCACAUCGAUCCCAGAUUCCAGCACAACCACCACAGAGUCCAGCACAACCACCACAGAGUCCAGCACGUCGACCGUAGAGUCCAGCAGAACCACCCCAGAGUCCAGCACAACCACCCCAGAGUCCAGCACAACCACCCCAGAGUCCAGCAUGUCGACCGGAGGGUCCAGCACAACCACCCCAGAGUCCAGCACAACCACUCCCGAGUCCAGCACAACCACCCCAGAGUCCAGCACAACCACCCCAGAGUCCAGUAUGUCGACCGGAGGGUCCAGCACAGCCACCCCAGAGUCCAGCACAACCACUGCAGAGUCCAGCACAACCACCCCCGAGUCCAGCACAACCACCCCAGAGUCCAGCACAACCACACCAGAGUCCAGCACAACCACACCAGAGUCCAGCACCACCACCACAGAGCCGAGCACAACCACCCCAGAGUCCAGCACAACCACAUCAGAGUCCAGCACAACCACCCCAGAGUCCAGCACAUCAACCCCAGAGUCCAGCACAACCACUCCAGAGUACAGCAUAUCUACCCCAGAGUCCAGCACCACAACCCCAGAGUCCAGCACCACAACCCCAGAGUCCAGCACAACCACCCCUGAAUCCAGCACAACCACCCCAGAGUCCAGCACAACCACCCCAGAAUCCAGCACAACCACCCCAGAGUCCAGCACAACCACUCCAGAGUCCAGCACAACCACCCCAGCGUCCAGCACAACUACCUCAGAGUCCAGCACGUCAACCCCAGAGUCCAGCACAACCACUUCAGAGUCCAGCACAACCACCCCAGCUUCCAGCACAACGACUGCAGAGUCCAGCACCUCGACCCCAGAGUCCAGCACAACCACCUCAGAGUCCAGCACAACCACCCCAGAGUCCAGCACAACCACCUCAGAGUCCAGCACAACCACCUCAGAGUCCAGCACAACCACCCCAGUGUUCAGCACAUCUACCACAGAGUCCAGCACAACCACCACAGAGUCCAGCACAACCACCCCAGAGUCUAGCACAUCGACCGGAGAGUCCAGCAGAACCAUCCCGGAGUCCAGCACAACCACCUCAGAGUCCAGCACAACCACCUCAGAGUCCAGCACAACCACCUCAGAGUCCAGCACAUCGACCCCACAGUCCAGCACACCGACCCCAGAGUCCAGCACAUCAACCCCAGAGUCCAGCACAACUACCUCAGGGUCCAGCACAACCACCCCAGUGUCCAGCACAUCUACCACAGAGUCCAGCACAACGACUGCAGAGUCCAGCACAUCGACCCCAGAGUCCAGAACUUCAGCAAAGCCACCAGGUUAUCCCAGCAGUACAUCAAACGUGCCAACCACUGAUACUUCAACAGGCCGCACAAAAUCCACAAUGACCUCCUACUCGACAACCAAAAAGCCAGUGUUGACAACGGCCGUUACAACUCCUCGGGCUACUGUGCAUCCCACCACAACUAAAAGACCAGCUGUUAACCCAUGUGCAAAUGGAGGCUCCUGGAAUGGUCAGAAUUGUUCCUGUCCCAGUCCAUAUGUGGGAUCUUACUGUGAGACAAUACCUAAUUCUGUCCCUGUAAAGGUUGAAUAUGAGAUCGGUGUAACAGUGGAGAUUGUGAACAGAAAUUACACUCCAGAGCUGAAUUUCACAACUUCCAAACCAUUCCAGAACUUUUUAACGGAAUUCCGGCAGCAGAUGCAACAUGUAUAUGGUAGAAUCCCUGGAUACUCUGAUGUCAAGAUUAUAAAAACAAGACCGGGCAGUAUUAUUGUGGACCACAAGGCGAUCUUUCACACAGAAACACAAACGUUCAAUGAAAACACGAUAGGAAGAACAGAGCAAUGGAUUAAAUCAAACUUAAAUGAAACAAACUGCACUAAUAGCAACGUAUCAGGUGAUGGAUCAAUUCUGUUCUCUGUUGUACUUAAGCAUUCACUUUAA